AUGGUUUUUCUUUUGACUUAUAUGAUGUUGAAGGAGUUCAUCAGACCUAAAAAGCACUUCAAAAACUAAGGAAGAUUUGAAGAGCAAUACGAAACUUUGGAAACUAUAUCAGAAAAUUCUGAUACUGAAGUUCAUAUUUAGAAAGUUAAAAAAAUUAGUGAUAAUAAAGUUUACUGUGCGAAAAUCUUUUAUAAAAAUGUAGACAUUAAGAGAGGAGAUGCAAAUGAGUAAAAUGAAAUAAAAUAUUUGAAAAAAUUAAAGCAUUCUAAUAUAGUGACGAUAAUAGAAUAUUUCGAUGAUGAUGAAAAAAUUGUUAUAAUUACUGAAUAUCUAGAAAUCACUCUUUACGAUGUGCUUAAAUGCUACAAAAAGUUAUCAGAAUAAGAUGUCAAAAUUAUUGCAAAAACAAUUUUCAUUAUAUUAGAUCACCUCUAAAAGCAUAAUCUUGUCCAUGGAGAUCUUGUUUUACAAAAUUUCAUGCUUAAAAAAGAAGAUGAUUAAUUUGAUAGUUUAAAGAUGAUUGAUUUUAAUACCGUAGACACUGAAGAAAACAGAAGAUCGACAAAAAAAAUAACAAAUAGAACAUAAUUUUUAAAUUGCUAACCUACUUCUUUAGCACCUGAAACAAUAUAAUAAUAUAUAGUCAAUAAGCAAUCAGACGUUUGGAGUGCAGGAAUAAUGUUAUAUACUUUACUUUUUGGAACUGUUCCAUUUGAUGGAAAAAAUCCUGAAUAAAUUUAUGAUAGCAUACUUAAUAAAUAACCAAAAUACUAAUUGGAGGAUGAAUCUGGUCAGUGUGUAAAUAUAUCUUAGAGGUGUGAAUCAUUUUUAAAAAGACUACUUCAUAAAAAUUAUGAACAUAGAUAUAGUGCUCGCUAAGCCUUAGAAGAUCCAUGGCUUUGUGAAGAAUCAUGA